UGAAACCAAAAGAGGAAGUUAUAUCAUUUGGAAAACAAUAUAAUCACCAACUACGUAGACAUUUAAAUUUUAGUUUUCUGUAAAUUUACAAGGAUGUUUCAUACACCAGAUUACUAUCAUAAUAUAUCCAUGAGACUAUCUGCGGUACUAGAUGAUAUUGGAGUAAAUGAAAAUAUUGUGAUGAAGAGGAGGAGGACAUAUUUACUGAGUGAAACUAUGCACACAAUCCGUAUGAGAGCAAAUGGUAGACAAACAACUAUCUAUGAUUUAGGCAGUCAAUCAGAAGGCACCACAACACCAAGACUGCAAUCAGAUUUAGACAAACUUUUCUGUGCGGAUCGUGUCAUUGUGAUACAGGACUGGUCUGAGUGGACUCCAGGUAAAUAUAACUACCUGAUGAUCCAGAAUGAAACAACACCACCUGGUUAUUGUCGUCUACAGUUACUUAGACCUGAUGCUCCACUUCCUGUAACACAUGAAACAGGCAAUGACAUCGCAGAUGAUACACAAGGACGGAUCUUGUUAAAGAACACAAUAAUUGAUACUUUGGUGGAAGGAGGCCUCCAGCGAGAUGGACCAUCAGUAGCAUUGUUAGGUGUAGGACCAGAUUUUCGUGCUAAAGACUCUGUAUUUGCAUAUCCUUGUAAAUCAUGGCCCCAGUCACCAAGAGCUUGGCUGCAUCAGCAAGAAACAAAUACAUGGCCAACAGCAGAAAUGAUAAGAUAUGCAAAAUCAACAAAGUGUUUUGUUGUUGGUGUUGGCAGCAGAGCAAGUGAAAAUGCAACCUUUGAAUGGAGACUUUCUACCGCAUUAGCUGAACGCUGCUUGAUGUUCAGUUUGAAUAUUACUCAGAUAAAAUGUUACAUCUUAAUGAAAAUGAUUCUUAAGACAUACAUGUAUAUUAAUGCUGAAAGUUACAUUUCAAGUUUCAUGUGUAAAACUGUUUUAUUUCACUGUAUAGCAAGUAAACCUUCAUGUGUAUGGAAGGAGUGUAAUAUAUUAAACUGUUUAAAUUACUGUCUAUUUACACUGAACAAUUGUUUAUUGAAUGAACACUGUCCCCAUUUCAUUGUUCAUGAAAAUAAUUUAAUGGCAGGAAAAUUGUCUGCUGAAGUCAAACAGCAGUUACUUGAAAGAAUGUCAACUUUGGUAUCAUCUGAUGGCAUUUCUCUUUUUGGAAUUCAGAUUGACAACCUCGGUGAAAGACUUCAGAUUAAGCUCAAUAUGAUAAAUGAAGUACAUCACGAUAUACUACAGCCAGAUGAGUGCACAAUGCUUGUAACGAGUAAUUUAUUAGUUGAAAAUGUUUUACACAUAAAGAAGAUAGGAGAUAGAAAUUCAGAAACACUAUUACAGAAAGUGAUACAACUAGAAAGAUACUACAGAGCUGGUGACAUGUUAGAAAAGACAGCAUGCAGACUUCUAAUACCUCUACUCUGUACCUCAAUAGGAUCUCUGAUAGCCUCACAGAAUAUUCAAAUUAACAGCACAGUUUCUCCUCAAGCACUUACAUGGAUCGAAGCUGGACUUGAUUCAGAUGCUGCUUCAAGCAGACUAAAACUUGCAUCUAUAAUGUACUGUGUAGGUAAUGCAGAAAUAACUGCUUUAAUUCUUUCUCAUAUAGAAGAACAAUAUAAAAUAGAAGUUAUCGAGCCCAUGUGUAACUGCUAUAAUUUCCAUACACCUUAUUUUAGGAGAGGAUUUGGUCGCCUUUCUAGUCAAUAUGGUGUAGAAGCUUUAAAGUAUAUUGUUGCAUUUUGUGUAAAAUUUUUCACUUCUGAAAUAAACUGUGUACCACAUGAACUUCAGUAUGAAAUGUUUAGGUCAACACAAGAGGACCUGCUACAUAGAGGUAGACCUGAUAACUGGAUGGACUGUGCUGUAGUAGACUCACUUCCAUACCUUUACUUUCUACAAUACAAGACAUACAGUUUCCUGCAGAGACCCGAGGAACAGCAACAAGCACUGACCAAACUUGGUUGGGUCAUUAGAACAGAAGACAACCUUGGACACAGAGAAACAGCAUUGAAUUUACUAGGCCAGUGCAUGGAACAAGAGAACAGACCUGUUGAUGCUCUGCAAUGUUAUAGGUCAUCUUUAGGCCUCAGAGAAAGAAACAAUGCUGCUAAAAUUCAUAUCUGCAGGUGUUUAGCUAAUACAGUCUCAUAAAGAUCUACCUACCUGAUCUGACUGGUGAUUCUGAUUUUCAACUGACAAAAUGACAGAAAUACUUAACAUUUCUAAAAAAAGCUAUUAUUCUUGUUAUGAGUCAGUGAGCUUAUUAUGAGCCAAUGACCCCAUUGGCAAUAAGUUGAAAAAAACUUUAUGG